CGGCAUAGGAAUCGGCAUCGGCGGCGACCCCGAACUCAACCAAAAACCCACAAAAUAUUUCCGUCUCUUUCUCUUGCUCCGCGAGCUCGCGAGCGAUCGACUCGAGGGUCUCUCUCUCUGGCCAUGGCGUCGUGCGCUGCGCCGCAGCUCGCGUGCGGGCUGUUCGGUGGUGUCUUCACGGCGGCGGAGCUGGCGGCUGCCGACCAGCUCGUGCAGCUCAGCUGCAGCAGCGGAGGGGACGAGGCGGAUGCGUCGCCGUCCUUCUCCUCCACGCCGUCCUCCCCGCGGUCGGUGAACACCUGCGCGGCCACCGCCGCGGCGGACGAGGAGUUCGAGGGGCGCCUGCGGGCGGGCGAGACGAUGGAGCUGGACAUGCGGGCGAGGAAGCGGUACCGGCUACUCUCCGAGCUCUACGCCGCCACGGCGACCAAGCGCGGCACCGCCUCCUGCAGGAAGAGGAAGAGGGACGGGUCGCCGGAGGCGGAGGCGGAGAUCGCCAUGCGGUAAGGUGGAGAGGUACCUCCCUCCGUCCGCCGUGCUAGCAAGCUUAGCUUUGGGAUCGCCGGUGAGCGAAGGAGGAGGAGGAGAAGGGCUUUUGUGUAAUUACCACGAAAUCCGGGGUUUUUGCCUUUUAGGUUUAGCUUUUAUCGGAGGGGAGGGAGAAAGACGACAAGGACUUGUUUACAGCUUGUACAGGAAGGAGACGAGUUGGUCGCGGCGGGCGUGCGUGCGUGCGUACGUGCCACCACCACUCCCGUUUGAAAUUUGAAAUUCGAAUUUUGAACUUGCUGGGCCAGCUAGUACGCACAGCCAGAUUUGCUACUAGUAGUUGCUGCCUGGAAUAGCUCCCAAGUUUUUCAGAUCUUGAAAUGCUCCACCACGCGUACUUGUUCUACGUAUAAUUGCGUCUCUGCAAUUUGUCCACUGCAAUUGUUUUUUUUUUGUCUCUCUCUCUCUCUUGAACUCGGGAUCUGUACUCGCAGUCUGAAAUACAAAAAUGCAAAGAACAUUCCAGAUCUACUACUACAAGGUUCAGUUCAUCGCUGUAUUGCAGGCAUGGCUAGCUAGCUUCGCAGAGAUGCUACUACUAACUGGGAAGCAUAAGCGGCAAGUGACCCCACCUUUGCAUCCAGUGUAGAAUUUGAAAAUGCAGGUGUGGGCGCUUUUCAAGUUCAAAUUGGGUUUGGCAGCUCUCAAAAUUUGCGAGAUCAUCGAUCGGUCAGGAUAUAUCAGGAAGAAGAUGUAGCUAGCUUCAAUUCAUAAUCAAUAGGUUGUCACGACUCACGA